AUGCUCUCUUCCCGCGGCACCAAGAAGGCAGAGUUGAUGAACAUUCCCUGGCGUUAUGCCCCUCCGCAUACAUACGACAAGGAAAUGAACCCCGCGGGGCUGAUCUCCUUUGGCACGGCAGAGCAUCGCGCAAGUUCACCUCUCUUUGCAUCCACACAGGUCACCUUCACCGAGAACUCCAUUGGCUAUGGGUCCAGCUCGUCAACAUCAAGUCGUCUUCCAAAUGCAGUGGCUUCCCACCUCAACAACAUCCUGAAACCGCUGUCAUCGAUAGAUCCCGAAACUGUCAUCAUCGCUAGUGGUGUUACGGCUAUCGGAAACAUGCUCGGGCUCACCCUAGCAGAGCCCUCCGACGGUAUCCUAGUCAGUAGACCGGUCUAUGGACGCUUUGAACUCGACUACGGGGUCGAAGCGGACAUACAGAUCGUGUACGCGGACACCGACCCUGAGGAAGCAUUUACCCCAGCCGUCAUAGAAAAGUACGACGUAGCGCUCAAACGCGCACAGAAACAGGGUAUCAGAAUCCGAGCAAUGUUAAUCGUGAACCCGCAUAACCCACUAGGACGCUGCUACCCAACAGAAACACUAAAAGAAAUCCUCCGAUUCUGCCACAACCGCCGACUCCAUCUCAUCAGUGACGAGAUCUAUGCAUCCUGCGUCUUUGACUCAGGAGAUCCAACCGCAGUCCCCUUCACCUCGGCCUUAGCAAUCAGUACCCCCGAGCUCAUCGACCCCAAUCUCGUCCACCUGCUAUACGGAUUCAGCAAGGACUUCGCAUCCGGAGGCCUCCGCCUCGGAUUCCUCGUCACGGCAAACGCACCCCUCCGUCAAGCCUGCAAAGCCAUAUUGAGACUCCACAGCCCCUCAACAGCCUCCAUAACAAUCGCUGCAACCCUCCUUGAAGAUCAAGCCUUCGUCACCCAAUUUACCCGCAAAUCCCGUCUCAGCCUAGCAUCAACAUACCGAAUCGCCACCUCAACGCUCGACCAAGAAGGCAUCAACUACGUCAAAGGAGGGAAUGCGGGGUUCUUUGUUUAUAUCGAUCUCUCGCCGUACCUUCCUGAGCCUGGUCGGCCGGUGCAAGAGCGCGAGUUUGCCCUAGCACAGAGAUUCCUCGACGCGAAGGUUUUUUUGCAUCCGGGGGAGGAACAUGCGCGGGAGGCUGGGUGGUUUAGGCUUGUUUUUGCGCAUGAUGAGGGGACUUUGAGGGUGGGGUUGGGGAGGUUGAUUGGGGUUUUGAGGUCGAGUUGA